CUUUCGACGUCUGAACUUGUUUUCCCUCUGUUCCAACAAUCUUCUUGCACUAUUGUGCUCCUCAAAAAGACCCUCGAUCGUUGCCAAAUUCAUAAUGCAGCCAGAUUUCGAUGAACCGCCUGUAAUCGUGAGGGACGCCGAGGACGCCUCAUCUAUUGAUGAGGACGAAGCCCAACUGCUCAAACUGGGAUAUAAACAACAAUUGCACAGAAGUUGGUAUUUCGUUGAGAGCUUCGCCGCAAGUUUCGUUGCUCUCAACUUCAUUGGUGGCGUUCGCGCCGGUAUCUUCCUUGGUCUCCUUGCCGGUGGUCCUGCAGCGAUAUGGUCUUCGUAUAUCAUUGCAAUGUUUUUCAUGUUCAUAACGGCUGCAGUUCUCGCUGAGAUCUGUUCUGCUCUCCCUGUGAGCGGUUCAAUUUACAUCUGGGCAGCCGAGAGUGCGGGUCCCAAAUACGGUCGCUUUUUCGGAUUCCUUGUCGCUUGGUGGUCCUGCACUGCUUGGAUGACCUUUGCUGCUGGUAACUGCCAAACUACCGCCAACUACAUCGUGUCGCAACUCGCUGUCUGGGAGGUGGACUACCCUGGUGGUGUUGGAAACGACAACAUUAAGUGGCGUACCCUCAUCUGGGCCGUCUCUGAAGGUGUCCUCCUCAUCGCCAUCGCCAUUAACUACCUACCACCCAGGUGGUACUCUGCUAUCUUCCGCAUCAGUGUCGGGUUGUACCUUGUCGAUUUCUUGCUUUGUGUCAUUUGGCUGCCUAUUGGUGUCUCAAAGACCUACGGCUUUAGGAGUGCGAAGGACGUAUUCACUAUGACUUAUAACGGCACUGGCGCUCCUGCAGGAUGGAAUUGGAUUCUAUCAUUCUUGUUUUGCGCUGGAACUAUGAUUGGCUUCGACGCUUCUGGACACAUCGCUGAAGAAACGAAGAACGCUAGCGUCGUCGCUGGCCGUGGUAUCCUCUCCAGUGUGAUAGCCACUGGGAUUCUUGGUUUUGCAACGACGCUCCUGUUCCUGUUCUGCACUCCCGACCUCGACUUGCUCUUCUCUUUGGAUGCUCCUCAGCCAUUUGUCCAAUUGUACGCCCUUGCUUUGGGAAGAGGCGGGAGUGUCUUUAUGACUGUUGUUGCAACUCUCGGUCUCAUAUUGAGUACUAGUGUUGCAAUCGUCGCCGCAUCACGCCUCGUUUUCGCCGUCGCUCGUGACGGUGUACUCCCUUUGUCAUGGUGGAUCGGACAAGUUGACAGUGCCCGUCAACCUCGUAACGCAGUCACCGUCAUGUACAUCUUCGGUGCCUUGAUUCUUUGCACUAUUCUUCCCAGCCAGGUCGCGUUCUUUUCCUUGGUUUCCGCCGGCGGUAUUCCUACGACUGCUGCAUAUGGACUCAUCGCAUUCCUUCGAUUGACUAUAACUCCGGAUGACUUCAAGACUAGCCACUUUUACUUGGGCAAAUGGCGCAAGCCGUUCUACGUUGCUACAAUUCUGUUCAAUGGUUUGGUGUUUGCGUGCCAGAUCUCGCCGUUCUUCUUCCCUGUCACUGCCGAGACGUUCAAUUUCGCUUGUGUAAUUCUUGGAACAGUCACUAUCUUCGGCAUGAUCAGCUGGUACUUCGUGCCCGAUGACAAAUGGCUGCGUAAAGACCAGAUUGCUCGGGGUCUGGCGGCUGCCGACGCAUACGUCCCUCCUCAAGAUAGGGAUGGAGAUGCUGAUUCGUUGAGACGUCGUGAAUCUCCUUCUGAUGAUAAGAAGGUGAUUGAAUGAAAAACCUAGAAGUCGACAAGAUGGGAUCUUGCUGUAGAGUGUGCAUUCCGUAGGUUGAUUGGCUGGAGUGUGAAGUAGAAUGUAGCACCAGAGUCGGUCUAGAGGAUAAAGGGGGCUUGCUUUGCUGUCAUGACUGUAUUUUCUAAUUCAGCAACAUGAAGUCCUAUCAAGUAUGAUGACCUAUGAUGACAUCUUACGGGAUCUUUUCCGCCU